UCCACUGUGAUUGAAAAGAGGCUUCGCAUGUGUUGUAACAGAGACUGUAUGUACCAGUAACAAAUCUUCAUGUACUGGUUAUCAGUCCGUGAUUCUGAAUCUGUUAACAUUCUUCCAUCUACGCCGUGGAGGUUUUUUCUCCGGGUCGAUCAUCUCUGCGUGACCCCGGAUCAUGGCGACAGUGCUGGGUUGUCCCACAGUCCCACUCGCCAAUGGUUUGCAGAUCCCGAUAUUUGGACUAGGCACAUCUCAUGAUGGUGGAUACUCCCAUGAUGCCAUUGUGUACGCACUCACUGAGUGUGGUGUGCGCCACCUUGACACGGCAAAGCACUAUGGCUGUGAGGAGAUGCUGGGUAAAAGCAUCCGAGACAGUGGACUGGCACGAAGUGAUCUGUGGCUCACCAACAAACUGUGGCCAGGGGACUACGGAUACGAAGACACAAAGAAGGCCUGCAUGGACUCCUGCUCAAGGAUGGGGGUGGAAUAUUUCGAUCUGUACCUGAUGCACUGGCCGGGAGCGAAGAAACCUUUCAGCUCCAACAGAGAGAUGAGAGCCGACACCUGGAGAGCUUUGGAAGAGCUUUAUAAAGAAGGGGUAUGCCGUGCAAUUGGAGUGAGUAACUUCAUGGUGCACCACCUGGAGCAGUUGAAGGAAGACUGCAGUGAGAUACCACAUGUAAACCAGGUGGAGUACCAUCCUUACCAGCAGACCAAUCGAGUAAAAGAGUACUGUCGUGAUGAAGGGAUUGUCUUUGAAGGCUACAGUCCGCUGGCCAAGGGUCAAGUCUUCAGCGACCCCACUGUCCUGCAGAUAGCAGAGAAGUACCGACGCACACCGGCUCAGAUCUGCGUCCGCUGGAGUAUUCAGAAUGGAGUUGUGACAAUACCUAAAUCCACCAAAAUGAAGAGGAUACAAGAAAACUGUCAAGUGUUCGAUUUCCAGCUGAAGGAGGGGGACAUGGCAGCGUUGGGAGAUUUGCACGAUGGAAGACACGUUUCUUGGAAUCCAACAAAUGUGGAGUAAUAAAAUGUGGAAAUCGCAAGGAGUUUUUCUCCUAGAGCUGUUGUAUCCUUAACAGCACAUUUUAUUACUGUAAUUUUUAAUAUAUAGCAACAUUUGAAUUUGUUGUCAUAGUUUGCUUGUGAAACUAAUUUAUUUUAACUACCUCUUGUUGGAAAGCGCUGCAGAUCUCAAUCGCUGCGUAGAAAUUGUAACUACAAGUUGCAGUCAAUAGUAAUUCUGUACUUGAGUCUCUGAUAAUUUUUGUAAAACUAAAAAGUAAUUACUAAAUAAACAGUUCCCCAUU